AUGUCAGCUAACGGAACAAGUAAUGAAAGAAAAGCCACAAUAAGUCGUAUCACAAACGAAACCAAGAUCCAAAUAGCAGUGUCAUUAAAUGGUGGACCAGUAACUAUUGAAAAAUCAAUCUUGAAAGAUAAAUCUUAUGAUGCAACCCAAUCAACUUCUUCUCAAGUCAUUUCCAUCAAUACAGGUAUUGGAUUCCUAGAUCAUAUGAUCCAUGCAUUGGCAAAACACGGUGGCUGGUCCCUUAUUGUCGAAUGUAUUGGUGAUUUACAUAUAGAUGACCAUCAUACAACAGAGGAUGUUGGUAUUGCAUUAGGUAUGGCAUUUAAAGAAGCCCUAGGACAAGUUAGAGGUGUUAAGAGAUUUGGUACAGGGUUUGCACCUUUAGAUGAAGCUUUAUCUAGAGCUGUUGUGGAUUUAUCCAAUAGACCAUAUGCUGUUAUUGAAUUAGGUCUUAAAAGAGAAAAAAUUGGAGAUUUAUCUUGUGAAAUGAUUCCUCAUUUUUUGGAAAGUUUUGCUCAAGCUGCUCAUAUUACAUUACAUGUUGAUUGUCUACGAGGUUUUAAUGAUCAUCAUAGGUCAGAAUCAGCAUUUAAAGCUUUAGCCAUUGCCAUCAAGGAAUCCAUUUCAAGUAAUGGUACUAAUGAAGUGCCUUCUACAAAAGGUGUGUUGUUUUGAUUUAAUUUACAUUAACUGUUUAUAGAUUUUUGAAUUCUAUUUAAUUUCAUGAUAUUAUAGCAACCCUAUGUACAUAAAGGAAAAACACACACUUUUUAUCUUCUAGCAGUGCUUUGAAUCAAUUUCAACAAGUCAUCAACUUCAGCUUUCUCAUGUCUUACAUUUUGAGCCCUUCUACCAGCUAAAAGUUCAUAUUGUUUUUUGUUGAAUUCAACAUCACUCAUACCUUCUGAUCUCUUAGAGACUGUAUUAGUUCUGAUCUUGAUUUGACCCUCAUCUGUAAAUACAGCUUUCUCAACAGCAAAAGGUAUGACAGUUUCCCUUGUAGAUUUACCAUCAGCUUGAGCUUUUGUAUUUUGUAAAGCACUACUGGUAUUUGGAACUUCAGCAGUGAACCCACCAAAUGCAACUGUUCUAGCAGUUAAACCAGAGUUUGUGAUACGACCUGGACCAACAUAUGUUUGCUCAACACCAUUUGGACUAUUUGGU